UGGCAACGGCGGUUGCUAUGGCAUCGGCGUGGGGCUAGCUGAGCCAAUGAGGAGGCGGCAUAUUGAGCGGGGUGGCUGGUAACCGUUGAGCUCGCGGUCUUUUCCUUUUGCCUCGCGACCGGAUCGGCUACCAACGGUGGCUGCACGGGAUGGCCUCCAGCUACAAGAAGACGACAUUGGCGGCUCCUUCUCAGAGGAAGAAAAGUGCGCCCAAAACUGAACUCACUGAAGAGCAGAAGCAAGAGAUCCGGGAGGCCUUUGAUCUGUUUGAUACUGAUGGGACUGGGAAUAUAGAUGUGAAGGAACUGAAGGUUGCCAUGAGAGCGCUUGGGUUUGAACCCAAGAAAGAUGAGAUCAAGAAAAUGAUCUUAGACAUUGAUAAGGAAGGGACUGGGAAGAUUAGCUACAAUGACUUCUUGGGAGUGAUGACCCAGAAAAUGGCAGAAAAAGAUUCAAAAGAAGAGAUCCUGAAAGCUUUCAAAUUUCGUUUGAUCUACUCUGAUCGAAUUACAAGGCCAAGAAUCUUCGCUCAAAAGGAAACCCCAAACAGCAUUAGGGCCAUAAAGAACUGGGGGAAAACCUCACGGAUGAGGAACUACAGGAAAUGAUUGACGAAGCCGAUCGGGAUGGUGACGGGGAGGUCAAUGAGCAGGAAUUUUUGCGUAUCAUGAAGAAGACCAGCCUGUACUGACAUCCUUGGUGUGUUCUCUCUGUGUUUUGUCAAGUCUCUUUCUGUCCGUAGACGAAGUUCAGCCUCUCCUGGAGCCUGUUUGGAAGGGACGAGCAGCCACCCGGAACUCACCAGCUUUGUGAGAUGACCCUCACAGCAGACUGUUUUUUUCACCAUCAUAAUAUGUGUUGACUCCUCCAUCUGCUUGUCCUGUGCUGUCUUGUAAAAAAUAUAUAUAUUUUAUAUUUGCAUCAGUCAUGUGAGGUGGCCAACUGGAUUAAGCUGCCUCUGGAGUUGGUUAUGUGCCCAGGAGUUACCCAGGUGCUUUUGCCAAUGAUAAUUCAGGCAUUCUGAGAAACAAGGACAAUUCUUUAUAACUCGUUUAGGAAGGUUGAGGCUUGCAUUGUAUGGCGCUAACUACUUGCUAAAUUAAAAGAGAUCAGAGAGCGGGUGGCUUCCAGAUCUGCUUCUAGUCCCAACCUGCUUUGAUCGGUCUCUGCCUCUGCUACUCCAGACCUUACUCUGUUCUGAACCUGGGGUUUAGAACUUGAGGUUGAAAUGCAGUGCCUCAGCCUUUAUUUUCAAUAAUCUGUGUACUUAUUAGCCUUUGUACUUUUUCAAGAACGUUGAAUAUGAGUACAUCUUUAAUGCCUGAACCUUCUGGAAGCAGCUUGUAACUAUUUUUUUUCCACAUUCCUGUGUCUUAUCUUGUUAACCAUGACUUGUAACAGUGACUAUCAAGACCAUUUUUUGCAGCAAAGUUCCUGUUUCCUUCACUUAAAUGUUGUGCUUGGACUCGUCCAUAAUGCACAGAA